AUGUUUCUGUACCAUCGUCUCCAACAACGAGUUGAUAACAGCAAAACUGACUGCGUUUUCUCUGUAACGUCCUUGCCGUGUUCUAUCAUCGCUAACGACGAUUUUUCAAUAGCAAAACAAACACCAUUCUCUCUGAUCCAACAAACCGUCGUCUCCUACGACGGGUUUCAUUGUACCGUCUUUUCAACAGUGUACCGUCGUCUCCUACGACGAGUUUCCAACAGUGUACCGUCGUCUCCUACGACGAGUUUCCAACAGUGUACCGUCGUCUCCUACGACGAGUUUUCAACAGUGUACCGUCGUCUCCUACGACGAGUUUUCAACAGUGUACCGUCGUCUCCUACGACGAGUUUCGUACCGUCGUUUCCUACGACGAGUUUUCAAAGUGUACCGUCGUCUCCUACGACGGGUUUCCACAGUGUACCGUCGUCUCCUACGACGAGUUUUCAACAGUGUACCGUCGUCUCCUACGACGAGUUUUCAACAGUGUACCGUCGUCUCCCUACGACGAGUUUCCAACAGUGUACCGUCGUCUCCCUACGACGAGUUUCAACAGUUACCGUCGUGUCCGUCGUCUCCCUACGAAAUAGACCGUCGUCUCCAACGACGAGUUUUCAACAGUGUACCGUCGUCUCGCUAACGACGUGUUUUUUAACAGCAAAACCGACACCGUUCUCUGCUAAUUUCUUUUUACCCGUGUCUGACGCUCCAGAAGCCGAUUUCUUCUAG